AUGCCUCGUAUUGAUUGGAUAAGCGAGUUGCCUGAAGAGCUGCUCUUGAGAAUACUGUCUUUACUCCCUGCGAGAGAUGUUGUGGCCACAAUGGUUUUGUCCAAGCGGUGGCAGUUUGUAUGGAUGCAUGUGCCAAGACUCGUAUACGACGAUACCUAUCAGGGUAUUGAGCAUGAAAGUUUUUCGCGGUUUGUAGAGAGAUCCUUGCUUUUGCACGAGGCUCCAGUUCUAGAGCUUCUGCAUUUCAAGCUUCGUAAAAGUUCCAAUGUUGUGGAUAUUGGAUUAUGGACUAGGAGUUUAAGUAGACGCCAUGUGAGUAAGCUGGUUAUCGAGGUUGACAGUUCUUCUUGUACGGCUCCAGCCAUCCUUCCGAGGAGUUUGUACACGGCGUGUGGAAUGCUUGUGACUUUGAAGCUAAACAACGCGGUUCUUGUUGAUUUUGAUUCUUCCUCGUUUUCUUUCCCAUCCCUCAAAUCUUUAAGCCUUGUAUCCGUGGAGUACCCAAACCAGGAGUUCGUCGACAGUCUUUUAUCCCGUUGUCAUGUUCUUGAAGAUCUGGAUGUGGAAUAAUGUCUAGAUGACAACGUGGCUACUGUUUUCAACGUCAGAGUGACUUCCCUAAAGAGAUUACUCUUGGAUAAAUCAGAAACGAGAGAUACAUCUGGUGAAGAUGUGUAUGUGAUAGAUGCUCCUUCUUUGGAAUACUUGGGUAUUUAUGAUCAUUGGGGUGGAUCUUGCGUCAUUGAGAAUAAUAUGCCUAGCAUUGUUGAGGCAACUCUUUACGUCAGUUAUGAGCAUCCUGUGAACAUUCUUGGUUGUAUUACCUCAGUCAAACGUCUCGAUCUAUGUUUAUCAACCUCAAAGCAUUUGUAUCCUGUUAGUACUGUCUUCCACCGUCUUGUGCAUCUAGAGCUAUGCACAUGUGAGAAGGCAUGGUUAAAAGUACUUAUGCGUAUGCUAAGAGUUUCACCUAAUUUACAAUCUCUCAAACUCCAACAGGAACCAGAGAAAGAGCUUGUAGCAUUCAUCUUAAGAAAUGCAAAAUGUUUAGGGAAUGUAACUAUAAGCCUUGAAUCCACUAAACGGAACAAGAAGAAACUUGAGAUGAUCAAGGAGUUGUCAUUUCUGUCAAGGUGUUCAAGUACCUGUCAUCUUAUAUUUGAUGAAGUUGCUGCUGAGUGUGAUUCGGAGAGUUGA